GGAGUCCCCGAUUUCAAAUCCCGCUUACUCUCAGUUGCUCGCUCCUCGUCUCGGCGGCGGCCCACCAACCCACCCCAUGGCCGCCGCCGCCGCCGACCACCACCAGCGGCAGCACGGCCGCAUCGGCAAGGAGGAGGAGAAGGAGCUCCUCUCGUCGGUGGUGGGCGACAUCCGCUCCUACUCCGGCUCCGACCCGCUCCGCCCGUGGCUCCGGGGGAUCCGGAGGCUGGAGGGCGCGCUGCCGCCGGCGACGCUGCGGGACAAGCUGCCGAGGUUCCUCCAGAAGUGCGCUCAGGAGUUCCAGGACGAGCCCCGCUACCGCGACGACCCGCGCUACCUCCGCGUCUGGAUCAAUAUGAUGGACUAUGUGAAGGACGCAAAGCCGUUGCUGAAGAAAUUGGAGAGGAACAGAAUAGGUCUCAAGAGAGCUGCGUUUUAUAUGGCUUAUGCGCUGUAUUAUGAGAAGCGUAGGAGGUUCGACGAUGCUGAGAAGAUGUACCGCUUGGGAAUUCAGAACCUUGCAGAGCCUAUUGAAGAGUUACACAAAUCACAUGAUCAGUUUAUUCGUCGCAUGGAAUCAUACAUGAAGAGGAAAGAGAAAGAAGGAAUGCCUAGCAGAGUUAAGCCAAUUGCUACAUGUGUGAACCAAAUCGAAGGUCAAAGGAAAAAUGGUACUGGUACAGAACUGAAGUCCAAUCCAAUGCAAAAGAUGGGAAACAAUUCCAAUCCUUCAUCGUGCCAUUAUCCUCCAUCAGGUCCUGCUAAAGUUGGUCAACCAUCCAGAGGCUCCUCAGGAGAUGACAAGAAUUUGUAUCGUUGUAAUAGUGAUGAUACUGUAGUUGUACGGUUUGUGGGCUCUGCAUUGGUAGGGAAGUCAGAAACUGAAGAUGCUUGUCAUCAUGGCCUCAUUGAACCAACUAUUAACAUGAAGGAGGCUAUGGAUGCUAUCAAUAACAUGUUUCUAGAGCCAGUGGAACCAGAGACAAUGCUCAAGAAACGCUCAAAGCGUGACCAACCGAAGUUUAAUCAGCAGACAAGUGCACUUCAGAUCUUUGUUGAUGAAGAACAACCUAACAGUAAUGAUUCAAACAUCCUCCAAAGGAGCAGGAAGUCAGAUCCAAAGUUCGGUCAACAGACAAGUGCCUUUGAUAUAUUUGUCGAUGAAGAUGAUCACAGUGGUAAUAACGAAAAUAUGGGCCAAAACAGGAACAGUCACAAGGAAAACAGUCAAAAAAGAAGUGGACUGGGAAUCUUUGUUGAUGAAAAUGAGCCCAAGGGCAUGUGCCACAAGAGCACUAGGUGCCCUCCGAGACCAUUACGUGAUUCAUCAAGGCAGCAGGGGGCAGGUGACUUCCAAAAACCAUUUGUAGGAGGGUUUGCAAUAUUGGCUGACGAUGCGCAUGAACAAUGUGAGGAAAAUGACAAUGGUGUCAGAAUAAAUUCCAGCAUAACUUCUGGACAUCGAGAAGAUACAAUCGUUCAUAGGUUUGUUGGAUCUGCUGUUGGUGAUGAGCCUAAAGUGGAAAAUGCAUGCCACCACGGGUUAGUUGAUCCAACUGUCAAUCUAAAGGAAGCUAUGGAGGAUAUAAACAGCAUGUUCGGGGAACCACUGAACUACAAGAAUGAUAAAAAACAGAACAAAAAAACCAAUGCACUGCCAGAGAAAAAAACGGCUCCCUUUUCUGGUUUCUCCAUAUUAGCAGAUGAUGACCUUAGCGAGAACCCUGAUACCAAAGUAAAACCAAGCAAUUCCUGUAAAUUUGGAUCUGAAAGUGGUCUGUUUGAGCCCACCAUUACCACUCGCGAUGUCAUGUCAGAGAUAAAUGAUAUGUUUGGAGCUCCACUGGACUUCUAAGGCACUUGUUUAGAGGGAUUGAAUAAUUCAACAGGUGGAGAUGUAUGGAAGAUGCUAUCAUAGCUCCCCUCUGGUGAUCCAGGGAGAAAAGAAGGAGCCGAGAGCGGCACAUCUGCUGGAAAAUGGACAUGCUUAGCUUCCAGGUCUUUGAUGAGUGCCAUAGAAUACGCAUGCUGGUACGGGCUAAAUUGUCACCUCAAGACUUUUGGUCGCAGAACAUUUGGUUCGCCCUACUGCUGUAUUAAUAAUGUUGUGAAUUCCGCACUUUUAAUAUUUGAUCAAAUCCUUGGUAGCAUAUGGUGAUGCUGCUUGGAUGCACAUGUCAAUGACUUCUCUGUUUAGUGGAAGUCACUCAGUCCAACACUUAUACAUGACCAACUUCCCUUUUCCUGGUGUUA